AUUAAGUAAAAUUUUACAUAAUUUUUCGAACAGAAUUAAUUUGUCAAACUUUUCAAUUGGAAAAAAUUUCGUAAAAGAUUAUAAUUUGUCGACUGUUAAUGUUUGUGCAUUUGCCGAUUUACAUGUUUUCUUUAUGUUUCAAAGUAAUUAUUCUAUUAUUAAAAAGAUUUGUACAAGAAAAUGACUUAGGAUAUUACAAUAGUGGACGAAAAAUAAUUAUUCAUUGGCUGACACGACAUCAAGUUGAAACUUCAUUGAGACCGUUGUUCCUUGGAACAACAACCGGGCGAGAUCAUUCAUGAUCGGCGAAUUAAUCGCGCACCACGAUUCCAUCCGCACAUCGGUAGGUAGAUCCUUGGCCGGGCGACAUCGAGUUUCAUAAAUAAAGCCCCAUUGAAGAGAAGUUCAUCGGGGGAUGGGGUAGCAUGACCUGCUGACCUAGAUUUCUCAUGACUUGCGUCAUUCACAAUCUCGCCCCACCAGCCGAGCCUUGGUGACUGCACGCAUCUAAAAUAGUGGAGGAUACAAAGGGAAAUGGCGAGGGGGAUGAACGGGAUGGUGGUCGCGAGUCUGUACAAAGACAAACAAUUGCGAAUCGAACGGCGUCCCGACGAACAGCGCGCGGCAGCGACUUUCAGUCUUCUUUCAAGGACGUGCGAGGACCACAGCGGUAUCAAAACGCGUUCGCGAUUGUACGACCUUACAUCAAGAAAUCGUUACCAUCCAAUUUUAAAACAGUGUCGAUAUAAUAAAUGGAUAAGGGUCUUUGUUGCGAUAACCAGGUUUAAUAGUGAAUUAGUCAGUGUAGUUUUCAGGAUAGUUAGAACUAUCGUGCCGGACGUUGAAGUGACCGUGUUGCGCGGUCGACAUUGUGCAAGCAAGGACAAUCUGGGUCAACCUGCAGGAUUCUUGAAAAGGAAAGAGAACAUCUUCUGAGAAAUCCUUCCGAAGACGCGUGUGAUCGGUUCUGACGUUUCCGAACAUUUCCGGCGAUCGGGAGUGUAGUAAAAAUGUUCGAAUUUACUCGAAGCUUUAUCAUCGCGGGUCGUAAAAUAAAUUCGCGAUAAAAAAAAAUAUCUACCGUCUGUAUAAAUAUAACGAGACUUUUUGUGUUAUUAAAUUUGAAAAGUCAUCUUCUCAGGUAAGAAAAGAUAUUUUUUAAAUUAUGCACAUCUCCAUUUUUGUUUAAAAUACAUAAGAUUCUAAAAUAAAUUCAGACAAAAUUUUGAACAAUAAAUUUUCAAUGUGUUUAGAGAAUUUGUAGUUACUUUCUUUUUACUGUAAAAUAAUAAAUUUUUGUUGCACAAAGUUUUGUUUGCAUUGAAAUGUUUUGCUGAAAAAAUAUUUUCUAUUAGAUAAUUUUUGACGGGUUGAUAUAGGGUAUAAUGAGAAACCCUGUUUUAGGCAAAGAUCACACUUUAAUAGAAAAUCUUAAGCUCGCCCUUGGCUCGUCUUCAUAGUCUCUCCUACUGACCCGAAUAUCUAUAUAUGGCGAUGCACUAUUUAUAGAACCACCCCCGAUGAACGACCCCAACGAACGCAACGUAGGUCUGUAUCAAACGCGGGCAAAGAGGCAUAGCAAAUGCGAAUGCAUUUCUCUCUAUAAUUUUAUUAAUGUCUAUAAUUGGACAAUGUAUGUAUAUCAACAAACUCAAAGUUUCAUAUAAUAAAAUUUUUUUAUGACAAGAAGCGUAAUAUAAAAAUUUAUAAAAAAUAACAUUAUUGCAAUUACAAAUAUAUUUUACCAAUGUUUAUUAUCGGUUUGUUAUAUUCCUAUUUAUUUUUUUCUUAAUUUGUUACGUAUGGUACCUUCACUGAAUAAAACCCACUUAAAAUAUUUCAUCUUUUAAGGAUUCUAAUAGAAUAAAACUUUGAAAACUGUAUUUAAUAGAAUAUUUUAAAUUAUAAAAGAGACACAAUGCAAAUAAAUUACCCGGGUUCAAUAAAGACCUACUUAAUUUAUGUUUUAUUCUUUAAAAACUUUUUUUAUAUUAAAGAAAAUUCCAUUUAUAUAAAAUUUUGUAAAAAUAAAUCAAAUGUACCUUAUUCCUGCAGUCCAGACACCUGCAUUGUGUCUCUUAUAACAUAAAUUUCAGUUUAAAAGUUUUAGAAAAGGCCAACACAUUGACCUUUAUACCUAUAGGAUAUUUACGGACAUGUUCUAUUUAUACACGAGGUCGAUAAUUUGGUAUCGGGAGCGCUAUUUCUCAAUAGCGCUCCCGAUAUUCUCACAUACGCGAUGAUAUUUUUAAUCUGGCAAAAAAGACUUUGGUUCGCGAUUUUUCAAAUUACGAUAAUUUCCUCCAAUGUUUUCCAUUAAUCUUUAUGCGCUCGUUAAAUACAGUUCGGACCGUGAGACUUUUCAAGAAUCUUUUAAACGUUGAAAAUGCAAUUCCGAUCGUUAAAAUUUUACUUCUCAACUCUACGCUACGACGCUUGAUAAUACCUACGUUGUCGGUUAUUCUUAUAUUAUCUGCUACUUCUUUUGCCCUGGUUUCGUACCUCUCUCUCUCUCUCUCUCUCUCUCAUCAACGGUGACCUCGCACCCUCUCUAGCGCAACGAGUUCAUUGCUCUGCCGGUGUUUCCCUCUGACGUCAUCGACUACCCGCGCGUCAUCGAACGCCAUUGCCUGACAUUGUCGUUACACACAUACGAAUAUCGAAUGUAAAAAAAUAUAUUUUUUAAAUAAUGACGUCAAAUGUUGCGCCUUGGUACACCACUUUUUCUUUAAAGAAAAAGCGCAGUUGGCUUAUCGAAGAAGAAUCUAUUAACACGUCUUCACUUGUUAUAAGUAUCGGGAGAAGGGUGGUAGUUUCUUCUAUCUCUUUGUCGUUGGCAGUGAAUAACGUUAUCGACGUUGCAUUUUCCGUAGGAAAUACGGUAGGAACAUAUUCGGUGAAAUAAUGCGCGGAUAAGACUGCAGUACCGAUGCACACAGCCGAUAGAGUACUGAGCAUUGAUAAUCUAGACGGAAGGGUGGUAAAGCCCGUUCCUUUACCGUACGAAGUACGGUGUCGGUCGAAACUUGAUCGACGUAUUUCCCUUUUACCUUGUAAAACGUUGCGUUACUCGACGAGCAUUAAAGAGCUUUGCGAUCGCGACGAUUGUCUGAUCAAACACAUGGUUUUUCUACUGCAUUAUUUGAGAGAUAAAAGCAGACUUGUAUCGUGUGAGAGAAUCGAUGGUAGAAUUUUUCUUCGUACGGUACUGUUAAUGUUUUCACUAACCUAUUUUAGUUAAUCUAACACAUAUUUCCCAUGAAAUUUUCUAAAAAUUUGUAGCUACGACAGAUCCAAUUUUCUAUUUGUUUCUAAUUGAAACCUUUCCGGAAAAAAUAUCAAGGAUCAAAUUAUACAUCAAAUUAAGUUAUAUCAGAGCAGAUCUAAUUUUAUCAAUUGAUUUGUAAAAUUAGGUCUGCUCUGAUAUAACUUAAACUGUAAUUUGAUCCUUUUCAUAUAAUUUGAUAUAUUUUGAAAAGAUUUUUUUCCCAAGCUUUUAUAUCUCAUUUAUAUCAUUUCAAUUUACUUUAUAGAACAUUGUAAUUAUUUAAAUAAACAAAAAUAAUAUUUUAUAAAUAGGAUCAUAAGAGAGAAACAUAUAAAAAAUUUUCUUAUAAAAUUUAAAUUAAUGAGUCAUCUAAUCUCUUAAUAAUCUACUUAAUCUACUAUUAUAUAAUAUAAAAUAUAAAAUGUAUUUGAUUAAAUUUUAUAAUCUGCUUGUUACUUGGUUAUUUUUAUUAUAUAGUUUGAAAUGUUUCUUUUGUAUAUUAAAAAAAUUCUUUAUCUCAAUUGAUAGAUGGCUAAAGUUGUCCCAAGUUUAUCAUCAAAAACAUCGCAACUUUGUAACAAAUUUUGCGGUAAAUAUAAACGAAAAAUUCUCUCCGUAUUAAUGAACAUUAUAUGUUAUUUUAAAUAUAAUAGC